UGUUGCUGGUUAAGGCCCGUUCUCCUCUGGGGUUCGGUGACUGGGUAGGGGUGGUGGUGGUGCCGUCCGCCGCCAGUCUCUGAGUGUAGCCGCCCCGCCCGCUGGAGCCGGAGAGCGGAGACAGAACCCGGACAGGCUGCGUCGCCUCCUGCGUGGAACGAAAUGGUCCGGUCGUGCUCCGCUGCCAAUUGUGUCAACCGCCAGACAGCGCUAACUAAACGCAAAGGGAUCACAUUCCACAGGUUUCCCAAGGAAGAGUCUCGGAGGGAGCUGUGGGUGAAUGCCGUGUCUCAGUCCCACUCUGAGGUCGGUAGUGAAUGGACUCCGUCUGUCCACAGCUCUCUGUGCUCUCAACACUUCCACGAUAAACAGUUCGAUCGGACCGGGCAGACGGUGCGGCUCAGGGACUCUGCGGUCCCCAUGAUAUUUUCCACAUUCAGCUUCUCAAAGAUGCCAAGACACUGCUCAGCCCUCGGCUGCACCGCUCGGGAUUCUCGGCUGACCCGGGAGAACAACAUCUCAUUUCACAGGUUACCGAGAAAAGAGGACCCUCGGCGAAACCUGUGGAUUGCAAACUGCAGAAGGACGGACCCGAGCGGUAAUGGGCUUUGGGACCCCUCUUCGGAUUACGUGUAUUUCUGCUCCAGGCACUUCGAGAAGAGCUGUUUUGAAGUGACAGGAAUAAGUGGCUAUCAUCGUCUGAAGGAAGACGCCAUCCCGACAAUAUUUACAGCAUCUACAAAACCUCAGAGAGUAACCAAAGCCAAGACCCAAAAGAAGAAAACAACCAAGGCAAAAGUAAAAAGGAAAUUAGAUUUUUUGACAAGUGACCGCACAGCCCCCUGCGAAAGUGCUGAUCCUUCCAGGAACCCGUGUUUUGAUGCUAGGAGGUACGACAGCGUUCCAGCACCGCAUCUGAUGAACUUUCACGGACUGUGCCCUGAAAACAUCGAUAUCCCGGCAGAUGCCGCCCCAGCCGAAGGAGCUCUGGCGACCGCUGCAGCCCACCAGAUGCACCCAGAGGCCACGCUGGAAGACAUUGGGGUGGGAACUGUAAUCAGCGGACCGCUCUCAGACUUAGAAUUGUCUCACGUGCAGGCAGAGAUGUCCUCUGAGAUAUGCGUGAGCACGGAGCCGGGAGCAGUGAGAGAACAGCCGCGGCCAGUGUCUCCUUCAGCCUACAUGAUGCGCAUCCCCCAGCCGCCGGGGGCCUACAUUCAGAACGAGCACAGCUACCAUGUGGGGAAUGCACUGCUUUGGAAGAAGAGGGCAGAAGCCGCGCUGGAGGCACUCACCAAAGUCCAGAGACAGCUGGAAGCGUGCAGACGGCGAGAGCAGCGGCUUCGCCUCCGCAUCUCCGCGUUACAGCAGGAACACAUGCGGGAAAGGCGCGCGCAAUCAGACGUCCGAGAGAAGCUGAAGGAGCAUCUGGAAGUGUUUGAGCUUCAGCUUAUCAAUGACUUUGUGUAAUGCCCUGCCGGGCCGGCUAAGAGUAUGUGCAUUUGGACGUUUUUACGCCUUUAUACAGAACAGGAAUAAACAUUGGUAGGAAGAGGGGUUACUCUGUUUCAGUUUACAUUCGGGGAGUGUAAGUCUAGCCAA